AGACUCGCUCAUAAGCACCAGUUAAACAAGAGAGAUCAGUAUCUACCGCUCUCUAUUAAAGGUUGUAAGUAAACCAACUUGUCAAGAGAUUUGUGAGAUUGCAGAUCAUGGAGGGAGGUGUGACACAAGAUAUUCAUCAGGAAGAUGAAGAAAGACAAUUAAACGAUGAUGAUGAUGAUGAUGGACAGACAGACCCACACAAUAGAGCGCUGACGCUGGUACUGCUCGGCUCAGCGGGUGCUGGGAAAAGCACUGUGGUUGAUGCCAUUCUGGGCGCCCCGUCUGACUGCAGCACAGCAGUCACCUCUGAUUUUGAGAAGAGACGUGUGACUGUUUCAGGAAGACAGGUGACUAUAAUAGACACACCUGAGUGUCUGUGCACAGAGCGACCCGCCGAAGAAGUCAGACGUCAGUUUUCACUCUGCGCUGCUUUAUCGGCCCCGGGGCUCCAUGCAUUCCUGCUCUGCGUCCCUGUGCACCGCCCCAGUAACCUGGAGCUCCAAAUUUUAGAAACCAUCGAGAAGGUGUUUGGCUCUGAAGCUGUCAGUAAACACGCAAUGGUGCUCUUCACUCACAUGGACCGACUGUCUGCGGAUGUUUCUCUGGAUGAGUAUCUCAAUACUCAACGAGCAGAUCUGCUGGAGCUCGUAGAGAAAUGUGCGGGUCGCCACCACCCGUUAAUGGGAACGGAUACAGAGGAGCUUCUUGGAAAGGUGGAGCAGAUGGUGAAAGAAAGCGGGAAUGAGAUUUACACCUGUCCUCUUUUACAAGAAGCCGAGAGGAGAGUGAGAGAGAAAGAGGAGGAGAUCUUGAAAAACAGAAGAGAAAGAGGAGAAGACGAGGCGGAGGGAGUCAGGGCUGAAGCGGAGAGAAGCGUGGAUGAUCUGAUGGUUCAGGGUAUUACCGAUUUAUGCCUCUCCACCCCAAACCCCACGUUCAUACUAUGGUUAUGGGACACUUUGGUCGAGUGGCUCAUGUGGCUCCCAAACAACGUGAGGGGCAGCGCUUUACUGGGGUCGUUUGUGGGGUUGUUUGUCGGGGGGCCACUAGGAGGGGCCAUGGGUGCAACAGUUGGCUCUGUGGCUACAGAAGUGGGUAGACGGAAACGAAAGACAAACUAAGUGCUUGGUAACAGCUUCUUUUAACUUUCAUUUUCAAGUCGCUGAUUAAAUAAUUCUUCAAAGAGAUCAGUAGUUCUGCUACAUUUAAAUAGGAAUACAUGAAUAUUUAUCCAAAUCCAAGAAAUACACACUCUGAAAAUGCUGGGUUACUUUCAACCCAGCGUUGGGCCAAAAAGGGACGAAUCCAUCCUGUUGGGUUGUAAUUUAACCUAUGCUGGGUUAUUUCAACCGUAAAUGCAGAGUUUGUUUUAAUGGGUCAAAUAUAAAUUAUUUCUGGGUAAAUUUAACCCAACAACUAGGUUUGUCCCUUUUUGACCCAAAAAAAUAAAUAACACAGCAUUUAUUUUGUAUUACAAACUAUACACUAUGAGCAAGAUGUUCGGAUAAUAAUUUAAUUAUCUUAAUAAAUGCUGGGUUGUUUUAAGCCAUAGUUGGGUCAAAUAUGGAAAAACCCAACUGUUAUAGUUAUAGAUAACUCUAACUCUUAUAAAUAACUUUAGGUUGAAAUAAACCCAACAGUUGGGUUCAGCCAAAUUUGACCUAACUAUGGGUUAAAAUAACCCAACUUGGUUCAUCUUAAAAAAGUAAUUUACCUGGUUGCCUUAAAAUUUUGAGUUAAUUUAACUUAGUUGACGCAACAAUUUUUCUUCUUUAAAGGAAAACACCACCGUUUUUCAAUAUUGUACUGUUCUUACCUCAACUUAGCCGAAUUAAUACAUACCUAUCUUUUUUCAAUGCGUGCACUUUUAAUCUUUGAACAGCGCAUCGUGAAUGUGUUAGCAUUUAGCCUAGCCCCAUUCAUUCAUAUGGCUCCAAACAGGGAUGAAUUUAGAAGCCACCCAACACUUCAAUGUUUUUCCUAUUGUUACAUGAGUAUAGUGGCACAAAAUAAAACUUUUGUUUGGAUCCUAAGGAAUGAAUGGGGUUAGGCUAAAUGCUAACACAUUCACAAGGCGCUGUACAAAGAUUAAGUUCACGCAUUGAAAAAAGAUAGGUAUGUAUUCUUUCAUCUAAGUUGAGGUAAGAACGUGGUAAAAUAUUGAAAAAUGGUGGUGUUUUCCUUUAAACAACUUUUUUUUAAGUCACCUAAUAUUUUUAAGUUGAAAAUUUUUUAAAGCAACCAGAUAACUUACACUUUUAAGUUGAACCAACAAAUCUAUUUUUACAGUGCAUAUAUAUAUAUAUAUAUAUAUAUAUAUUUAGCUUAUGGAUUAGAAAGGUUUCGAAUUUCGUGAGAAACAAAAAAUGUGUCUAGUUUGUCUGAGGCGUAUGCAACUUGCAUUAAAUUAAAUUAUUUGAAAUUAAAACUAUUUGAAUGAAAUUAAACCUGUUUGAAUGUGCAUUAGCUACUGAUAAUGCUUUUGAAUGUUACUUGAAAGUUACUAUGAAGUGUUACCAAACAUUCAAGUGAUCUUACAGCUUAGUAUCAAAACAUAUAAGGUCUGAUGAUCAAAGGGAAGAGGUUACAAGUGUCUUUUAAUAUGUUUGAAGACAAAGCUUUCUGCCUUUAAAAAACUAUAACCUUAUAUAUUAUACAUACAGUACUGUGCAAAAGUCUUAGGCCACCACAAGACUUGUUGUUUUAGAAGUUUUAAUGUCCAUCCAUAUUUAUUUUUCAAUCUAUUUUAUUAAGAUACAAACAGAAAAUACAGGAAAUAUGUACAAAAAAAUUAAAAAAUAAAUAUUCAGUACUAAAUGUCUUCUUUAGGCAUCGUCUGUGUUUAGUGUGUCCUCUAUUGGCACUAAACACAUCUUGAGCGUUUUUGAGCAGAAUUAAGUUAAAAGACUAAUUUCUUUAAAAUUAGAAAUUAGGAUUUAAUUGUAUUUAGGUUUAAGAGAUCCUGCAGUUUCCUGCUAUUGCUCAAGUGAAAGGGGAGUUUACCCUAAAAACUUGACACAUCAGUUUACAUUUUUAUACUGUUUUAACACUAUACACACAUUUCCUGUAUUUUCUGGUUGUAUUCUAUUAAAGAGACUGAGAAACAAUUAUAUAUGAUUACUAUAACAUUGCAAAAACAACAAAUCUAAUUCUGGCAUGGUGGCCUAAGACUUUUGCACAGAUUAUAUGGGACUCAGAUGCAAAAGCUGCUAAACGCACCAUCCAUCAAAACUGAGAUAAUGAAAUUAACUGAAUGCUCUCGACAUUUAUUAUACAUUCAUCAAAUACUUUCACUUCAAAUGCCCUUAAUCCUGGCCUCAGGUCAUUCAGUAAUAACUAAGAAUUUACGAAAACAUAUCAGACGCAUUUAGAGGGUUUUGCAUUUGAGCUCUUCAUAUGAUUGUCUUUGAGUUUGAAAAACAUCUAUUCACAAGCACUUUGAAGCCACUGAGUGAAGAUCGCUGUCUUACCACUGAUACAAAACAGCUUCGAACAAGUCAAAAUUACUUCCAGCAUCACUACAAAUUUAAGAAGCACCUCAACUGGAAACACACUGUAAAGGAAGAGUUUGUUUGCAUGCUGUCUAAAUUAUUCACUGUAUUUGUCCAUAACAAUGUUUGUAUUAGGACACAGCUGCUGGCACAAACACACGCUUCACAUUUCCAGACAUCCUUCAAAGUGAUUAUAAGUUUAAUAACUUUCAUACACUGUUUUCUUCAAUAUGCCACAUUUUCCGUUUAUUGGUUUGAAGAUCAAAUGUUUCUGCAGAUGUUCAGAAAAAUAAAGCAGUCCGAUGGAAAUAUUUACUAAUAGUGUGAAAAA